AUGGAAGUCGGGGGGACCACCCCCGAAGAAACCGCCGACCGCCUCGCCGCCGCCCUGGUGGAGGCAGUAGGUAGCUGGGCGGACAUCACCCGGCCGACCAAAAUGGCCGUCCUCAGGGUCACCGGUCUGGAUGACACGGUGACCACUGAGGAAGUGGCGGCCCAACUGGCAUCGGUCGGCGGGUGUCCCCCCAGCUCCUUGAAGUUAGGCAACAUCAGGCCGAGCUUCUGGGGCGGCGGUUCCGCCCUGGUCAAGUGCCCAGCGACUGCCGCUAAGGCAAUCGUAAAGGCAGGACGAGUGGCCAUCGGAUGGACGAUGGCCACCGUCAAAGCGGUGGAGGCCCAGCCACUCAGAUGCUAUAAGUGUAUGAUGCUGGGCCACACUCGCGCUCUAUGCCCAGCGGAAGCAGAGAACGGGCGUCUCUGCUUCCGCUGCGGCAGUGAAGGGCACAAGUCGGCAGAGUGCGAGGCCCCCUGCAAAUGCACCGUGUGUGCAACGACGGGGCGCCCACACUCACACGUGAUGGGGGGUGCCAAGUGCACACCCCCGUCGGUGAAGGGCAAAGCCCCGUCGUCGAGCAGAGUGCCUCGCACUCAGCCUCAACCGCACGGCAGCCGCAUGGCUGAGGAGGAAGAAAUGCAGGUGUCUUAA